CCACAGCCUGAAUUAGCAACCGCUUAUUCAUAAUAAUAACAAAGAAUUUUUUUGGUUUUUAAAAUAGAGGUAGAGAGAUAAAAACUCCACCCUCUAAAAACAACCCAAAUCAAUUAGAACCAUAAGAAAGCAUACCUAGAAUCUAGUGCCAUAAAUAUCGAUUUCCUCCAUAAACACAAGUAUAAAUGUAACAGUAACAUUAUUGUUCUAUGAUGAAGUAAUAAUUAAGUUGUGUUAAAAGAGAGACAAAAACAGCCAAGGCCGUGUCAAGAUAGCCAUGGCAUUGCCUUUGCGAGCUCUCAUAAGUUUCUUUCUUCUUAUUUUUGUUAUUGGAGUACUAUUGCCUGAUAAUGUCCAUGCAUGGAAAGCUGAUGAACAUCACCAUGCAAGGAGAGGAAGAUCUUGGUCUCACCCAAAAAAACCAAAGCACCAUAGGCCCAAGUUCAAGCCUGGGCCUUGGAUUGAUGCCCAUGCCACAUUCUAUGAGGGUGGUUCUGGAACAUUUGGAGGAGCUUGUGGGUACGACGAUGUGGUGAACAAAGGGUACGGUUUAGAGACAGUAGCUUUGAGUGAAGCUUUGUUCAACAAGGGUGAGUCAUGCGGUUCAUGUUACGAACUCAAAUGUGCGAACGACCCGAAAUGGUGCAAGCCUGGAUCUCUUCAUGUCACCGCAACUAAUCAUUGUCCUCCAAAUUACUACCAAUCAGCUGAAAACGGAGGAUGGUGCAACCCGCCUCGUCACCAUUUCGACAUUGCUAAGCCAGUCUUCACUCAGAUUGCUGAUUACACAGCUGGCAUUGUUCCAGUUCAAUACCGCAGGGUUCCAUGCCAAAAGAAAGGAGGAAUUCGAUUCACCAUAACAGGAAAUCCUUACUACAACGAAGUGUCAGUAUGGAACGUGGCUGGAGCUGGUGAUGUAGUGAGCUUGCAAGUGAAGGGUAACAAAAAUCUCCAAUGGACACAAAUGAAGCGCGAGUGGGGUCAGAAAUGGGUGACUGAUGCUAAGUUGGUAGGUGAAUCACUCACUUUCAGAGUUAGAGCAAGUGAUGGCAGAUACUCAACAGCUUGGCAUGUUGCCCCAAAGAAUUGGCAAUUUGGCCAGACUUUCGAAGGAAAGAACUUCAAGUGAAAAUAAGUGAUAAUAAUCUUCCCAACUUGUCAACCCUAUUUUGGUUGAGUUUGAUUGAUAUCAUUACUAAUAUUAGGCUUGUCAUGAAAAAUAAAGUAAUUGGCUAUACUUCGGUGUGCAAGUACAAGAAAUUCAUUAUAUAUAUAUAUAUUUUUUUAACCUUUAUUUUAAUGUAACAAUAGCAAAAGUAAUUGUAGGUUAAGGUUGUAUCAUGAACCUUGAGAUACCAAACUUCCAUGUUUGAAUCAAUGACUACAUGUUUAUGCAAGAUUUAAUGAAAAUAUUGGGUACAUUGUAAACCAA